UACCGAAUAGAUCUGCCACCACGGUAUCUUGCUGAUCAACAGAAAGGACUGGUGCAGCAAAAGUGGCAACCCUGGCAAGAACUAUCAUGUAAUGCGCCACGGUUAGUCGGACUCACCGAUGUCCGGAGAGAUAACUAAACGAGUUCUCGAGUGGAGACCACAAACUGGCGACCGUAGCGUUGAAACGAUCGGCCUGCUGGAUUAACUACCUUACACAGGUGGUCGGUAGUGGCUGUAUGAGAAAAGCCAAUGACAUAGUGUUGUGGAGCUCCUUGGGAAAGAACGCUUAUGAGCAUGUCCAACAGUGGAUGAUGGGUGAUAAUGAUGAGGUCAUGUCAUGUAACACGUUGAACUAUUCUUGAGGGUUAUUGUACCUUGACACAAAACGAUCGAGAGCUGCUGCGUACGUAGGUAGGUACAUUACAUUGUUCUGUAUUAUCAUGCAAUAUAUACAAUUAUGGGGUGAUGGUGAUGAUAAGAAUGAUGAACCAUGCGCUCUUAGCCUCACAGCCGAUACCUACGCGUCCUGAGUGGGUAAAGGAACGGCUUGUCUGUAGGGUAAGGGCGCGGUGGCGGCAAUCGACGCGCGGGGAAGUAGCUGGCUCGGGGCGGGCGGGCGGCGGGGCGGGGGUCGCCGCGGCCGGGGCGGGCGGCAGUCGGGCCGGGCGCUGGGAUGCGGCGCGGAUGGUGCGCGGCGCGGACUGGGCGCGCGGCGAGGCGCGCGUCGCCGAGGACUCUGACUUCGAGACCCUGAAGACCCUCCUCGCCUCCGUCGACGGCUGGACCCUCGAGUAUGAAAAAGACGGCAUCAAGGUCUGGACGGAGAAUGCGGCCCACGGCGCUCUCCGCACUGUCAAGGUGGUGGCGGAGUUCCCGGACGUGUCCCCGGAGGCUCUAUACGACGUGCUACAUGAUCCGGAGUACCGCACCGUGUGGGACGCCCACAUGCUCGCGGCUGAGGACGCCGGGCAUAUCAACGUUAACAAUGACGUCGGGUAUUACGCCAUGUCGUGUCCAGCGCCGCUCAAGAACCGCGACUUCGUGCUGCAGCGGUCCUGGCUGGACACCGGCGACGAGAAGAUGAUCCUCAACCACUCCGUGUUCCACAAGGACUACCCGCCGAGGAAGGGCUUCGUCAGAGCCCAAUCCCUUCUGACGGGGUUCACGGUGCGCACGGCGGCUGGGGGCGGCAGCUGGCUGGGCUACGUGUCGCGGUCGGACCCGCGCGGCGCGCUGCCGGCGUGGCUCGUGAACCGCGUGACGGCGCAGCUGGCCCCGCGCCUCGUGCACCAGCUGCACGCCGCCGCGCGCAAGUACCCCGGCUGGAAGAACCUCACCGACACGCCCUACUACAAGCCCUGGAGGCACCCGGAGCAGGUCCCGCCGCACCGGAUCAACUUAGCCGAUUGCGUGGACCCGGACGCGCCGGUGGCGGCGCCGGAGCCGCGGGCCGAGCCCUCCACGGCGCGGCUGCUGCCCGUGCCGCCGCGCGCCCCCGAGGCGCAUUCCGUCGAGGACCUGGGCGACCUCUCCUCCGAGUUCAGCGUCGAGGUGGAGGAGGACUCGCUCGACCAGGCCCAGGACCCCAUCAAGAAGAGGGGCAAGUUCUACCGCCUAGUCAAAACUAUGAAGAACAGGAGAAAAAGUGUCCAAGUGGCCAAGAGCGCGGACGACCUGCAGGAGGUGCGGCCCGAGGAGCGCCCGGAGAAGGCCAAGAAGGGCUUCAAGUUCCACCGGCGGUUCAGCGUGAGCCGCGGCCGCGAGGACUGACCGCGGCGGCGGCGGCGGACCGGCCACGGCUAGGCCUCCUCUCAAUUUAACGCCAAAAUGAAUACCAGGUUGUGUUGUGGUGAUAUUUGUCUAAACAAAUUCGUAGUCUGGCUUUGCUUUGAGAGAACAAGAACAUAUCGCAAAGUUACCCACAAACAUAUUUAGGUAUACUGUCUACAUUCCCAUUAAUUCUAUGGUCAUUGUCAUGUUUUGUACGACCUUAGUUAUUAUUGAUAUCGUACCCUAUGUCUAUGUGGUUGUAUUUCUCUAUGAUUAAACUGAAGUUAUGAGCUUAUUGAUUGAUGCCGUUGAUUGGGUGCGUGAUUGAUUGGUAUUUCUAUCUAUACUUAAUUAAAGUUAAAAUGGCCAAAAAAGUGAAAUAACAUAGGUAAGUUGUUGAGAAAAUUCAGUAGCGUUUUAAAUGAGUGAAGAUUUACUUCCGAAAAAUGAUAGUUACGAUAAAUUACCUACAUGAUGUUGAUGUAUUGCGAAUUCCGAAUGACGCUGACGAUUAAUCAGUCUGAAAGAUUUGUAGCAAAAUUGAGCGCUUAUCGAAUUCAGAUUCAGUCAGAAUUUUAUUUACCUAUUUACUUAUUGUUACGAAUACAUAGGUAGUGACAUAAUAUGUGCAUAUGCCAUGUGCAUUAACAAAAAUUUACAUAUUUUAUAUUAACAAACAUUUAUGUACCUAACACUCAGUUUUUUUUUAUAUACUUGACUAACCGUAUCUAUAGUGAAGACGUUAGUAAAACCUAGCAACCGAUGUCGCCGGUAAGAAGUUGGGGCUCCAUCAACUUACUUUUUACCUCACUUCAGAAGAAUUCAACACAAAGAGAUUUAUCGGGCAAUUCAAGUUUUUGUCCGUUUCACGUAAGACUUUUUUAUUGUUAUGGAAAUGUUCAAGGGCGGCAAUUACAUAUAUAUCUACUUAAAGGUAAUGUAAAACCUACUUAGAAACAAUGAACUUAUAAUUAUAAUGAAUUAAUAAUCAUGUAAGUUUUGUUAGUGAAAUGUAUACUUUGUGUUGCUUUAUUGUUUGAGGUGAAAUACCGAGAGGAUGUUGCAAAUGUGGUAAGUAUUUAUAGUAAGCAAAA